AUGGAGGGCGAAUCGCAAGUCUGCCACGAGUUUAACAAAAUUUGCAGUCUCCCCCCUCACCCGAAAUUAGGCUGUCACUGGCAGGCGUACAAGGAAAUAAUCCGCCAGUGCACUAGCCGAGCGGAGUUGGAGGAGUGGCAACGGAAAGGAUAUGAAAAGAUGUUCCACAACAUACCAGAUGGCCAUUGCAUAAAGAAGGACGAUCAAUGCAAGUGCUGCUGCGGCGGAUAUGUGCCAAACGAGGAAGGAACGGAGUGCGUCAAAUCGAAAGAGAGCGAAUGCGGCGACUGGGGUCAGCGAACCGAGUGGAGCCAGUGUUUGUGGUUCCCGUUGUCGAAAAUGGCCAAGGACCUGGAGUCGCACUGUGAUGUUGAGAAGAAGUCACAUCCGAUUCCGAUGGAGAUGCCCACUCCGGCCGGCUUCCACAUACCUCAGAAAUGCGGUUUCUGCAGCUUCAGUGUUCGUUGCCAGAAACGAACUCACAAGGACGGUUGCUUCCCCCUGCGCAUCGAGAAGAAGGCGUGCGGCAACGACGACCAUUGUCCGCACUGCGGCGACAUAUGCACCCUGAAGAAGCAGAACGGAACAUGCGAGUGGACCAACCACCUGCUGUUCGGUUUGUGGAAGAAGUUCGAGGCGAAGGCCAAAGAGUCCCACAUGCCUCUUUGGCGCCACCAGGGCUACUCCAAUAUCCUCAAGUACCUGCCAAAAGCGGAGUGCAAAGCGGUUGGUGACGACUGCAAGUGCUGCUGCCACCCGUACGAGCCGAACGCCGACGGGACGGCCUGCGUACCGAAGGGCUACUGCAAAUCGCCGAAGGAACUUCAGCAUCAUUGA